AUGGCAACAGAAGCACCUAACGGACCCACGCCCAUUGGCAAUGCUGUCACUUCUACGUCACCGGCCGACUUCACUGUCAAGGCCGGCCUUGCUCAAAUGCUGAAGGGCGGCGUCAUCAUGGAUGUAGUGAACGCAGAGCAGGCUCGUAUCGCCGAAGAAGCGGGUGCUUGCGCUGUCAUGGCGCUUGAGCGGGUGCCAGCGGAUAUCCGGGCUCAAGGCGGAGUGGCGCGCAUGUCAGACCCGUCAAUGAUUAAGGAGAUUAUGGGAGCUGUGACAAUACCAGUCAUGGCUAAGGCGCGGAUAGGCCAUUUCGUCGAGUGCCAGAUCCUGGAAGCCAUCGGCAUCGACUACAUCGAUGAAUCCGAAGUCCUCACCCCAGCCGACCAGCUCUACCAUGUCACCAAACACCCCUUCAAAGUCCCCUUCGUCUGCGGCUGCCGGAACCUAGGCGAAGCCCUCCGCCGCAUCUCCGAAGGCGCCGCCAUGAUCCGUACAAAGGGCGAGGCAGGCACAGGCGACAUCGUCGAGGCCGUCUCUCAUAUGCGCACCGUCAACAGCCAGAUCGCCAAGGCCCGCGCCAUAUUGCUAUCCGGCUCCUCGUUGCCGGGCGGAAGCGUCGAAGCCGAAGCUGAGCUGCGAGCCUAUGCGCGCGAGCUGGAAUGCCCAUAUGAGCUGCUGCGGGAGACGGCGGAGAAGGGCCGGUUGCCAGUUGUGAACUUUGCCGCGGGCGGGGUGGCCACGCCUGCUGAUGCGGCGUUGAUGAUGCAGCUGGGGUGUGAUGGAGUGUUUGUUGGAUCGGGGAUUUUUAAAUCGGGGGAUCCGAGGAAGCGGGCCAAGGCCAUUGUCCAGGCCGUCACGCAUUACAGGGAUGCGAAGGUGUUGGCGGAGUUGAGCCAGGGGCUUGGAGAGGCUAUGGUUGGGAUUAGCGUGAGGGAUAUGGGGGAGGGACAGAAGUUGGCGAAGAGGGGGUGGUAG